CGCUUUUGCAAGCUCCAUUUCUUACAAUAAAAACUUUUCUCAUCAACCCUUGUACCGAAUGCCCUGUUCUGCGAAAAGAUUGCAUGUGACGAGGUCCGAACCUUCCCAGUUGCGAAACAGGUCAGAGCGUGCCUUCCUCUCCGGAAGCGCGCGCGUACUUCUCAAGUUCAUCCUCAUGAUGAAGAGACUGCAACUCAUUGCUUAUCGAGCGACCCUCGGGUUCUCACAGGCACUGCCUGCUUCCGUACGCUUCAGACAACGUCUUUCCGAAGGUGCUCAGCGGCUGUCUCGUGUGGGCGCGAGUUCCUUCGCCACCAACGUGAGGAUGUCACGUCCAGCAUUUUCCAUCAGCGACGGGGACUCGAACCCGACUCCGAAUGGCAUGAGCAUCGAGGAGGAAACGCUCCCACAAUAUAGACCCGAAGAUUUCUUGCCAUUGCGCAUCGGUGACAUACUCCAAUCAACUUAUCGCAUAACUGCGAAACUUGGCUUCGGCACGUCAUCCACAGUUUGGUUGUGCAACAACAUAAAAACAAAUGCAUACUACACACUUAAAGUGUGUACAACUGGCGAGAGGAAUUGCAAAGAGAUACUCGCAUCCAAGCACAUUAAAUCAAUCCAGGCCGAGCACCCAGGCAUGGAAAGACUGCGGACAGUGGUCGAUGAGUUUGAGGUCUCAGGCCCUACGGGCCAGCACCAGUGUUUGAUCUUUGAACCACAAGGAAUUACGUAUACGGACUUCCGCAGGCGUUUCCCCAGUGCAGGGAUCAACAAAGUCCUUUUGCAGCAGAGUUUGCUCCUGGUAUUACUCGGGCUCGACUUUCUUCACCAAGUCGGGAUUGUACAUACUGACUUGUCGCCAAAUAACAUUUUGUUGGGAGUUGAAGACCACAGUGUAUUCCGGGCCAUGGAGACGGUGCAACAUGAGUCUGUCAGUCGCAAGCUGAAUUCAGGCGAGCGCACUAUCUAUCGAUCGCAAGCUCUGCCGGUCACAAGUGGUGCACUGAUCAUCUCUGAUUUUGGUGCUGCUCGCAUCGGUCUUCCUGGCCAGAGAUUCGAAGGCGACGUGAUGCCUAAUUUCUACAGAGCUCCUGAGAUCAUCCUUGGAAUGCCAUGGGAUUCGAAGAUCGACAUAUGGUCUGUUGGCGUCAUGGUCUGGGAUUUGUUUGAAGGCGGUCGCCUCUUUUAUGCAACGCGAGGAGGCAAUAUCAGUGAUGAGCAACAUCUUGCUGAAAUGGUAUCGCUUUUGGGACCUCCACCGAAGUCGUUCUUGCAGCGCAGCGAAAAUUGCAGCCGAUUCUGGGACUCAGAGGGUGAAUUUACAACGAUCGGUGUCAUGCCUGGCUACCAAAACUGACGAGCAUAAUAGGAAAUUGGAUAUGUGAAACAAAGAUUCCCUCCCAAUCCUUCGAGACCCGCGAACAGCGACUGGCCGGUGAAGAUAAGGCACUCUUGUUGGCUUUUGUGCGAAAGAUCCUGCG